UGUUCCGGAAACGCCUACGAUCCAUUUGCCACGUCCUCCAUGUUUGCAUCGAUACGAUAGUUUUCCAGGAGCGAAUUCACACGGAAUAGAGGCAUUAAGAUGGGGAAUGUGUUCAUGAAAUUGUUUCAGACCUUAAUGGGAAGUAAGGACAUGAGAAUUCUUAUGGUUGGACUCGAUGCUGCCGGAAAAACUACUAUACUUUACAAAUUGAAGUUGGGAGAAAUUGUGACAACGAUCCCAACCAUUGGUUUCAAUGUUGAAACCGUGGAGUAUAAGAACAUUAAUUUCACGGUAUGGGAUGUAGGCGGUCAAGAUAAGAUCAGGCCGCUAUGGAGACAUUAUUAUCAAAACACCCAGGGUCUUAUUUUCGUUGUGGAUAGCAACGACAGGGAGCGAAUUUCCGAAGCCAGGGAAGAAUUGACAAGAAUGCUCAACGAAGACGAACUCCGGGACGCUAUACUCCUCGUGUUCAGCAACAAGCAAGAUUUACCGAAUGCGAUGAAUGCCGCAGAAAUAACCGACAAGCUUGGGCUCCACAAUUUGCGCAAUCGCAAAUGGUACAUUCAGGCUACCUGUGCUACCAGUGGUGAUGGCUUGUAUGAAGGCCUUGACUGGUUGUCCAAUACAUUAAAGAGUAUGAAAAAGUAAAUCAAACGAAUGAUGCUUUGACAUGGUGACGUGAUUAGACAUUUGUAUACAUGAAGAAGACCUGUGAUGCAAUGAGAUGAUCACCAAUGGAUCACAUUAGUAAUAUUCUCCUACACAGUGCAAGAACAGUAAAGACAGAAAUCUGGUUUCCAAUUUAGCCUUGUUCUCAUGACCAUUUCUCAUGUUUUCCUUUUGAAGUGGUGUUGUAGAAACUGGAAUAAUUACUCAAAUUAUACUAUAGUAUGCUCAGUUUUCACUUUAGCAUGAAAGUCAACAAUGUUGAGGCUUUUUGGUCAUCGUGCGUGAUGGAUUAAAAGCCAUUUUAGUGUGAAAAUGCAUCUGGCAUUUGUAAUUCCAAUAGACAUAUUCAUAUGGCUCUGAACGUUCUUGUACAUUGCUUGUUAACAUCAUGUGUGGUCUAUUGUGGAUAUGUGGAAACUACAUCUUGAAUACUGUAAUUAUGACUACAGACUAUAACAUUCUCAUUUGUUUGAUAACAUUGGUUCCAAUUAUCCAUAUUGGGUCCAGGUAUUUUAUCUUCAAAUUGUUGCAAAUAUUCAUUUGUUCACUCUUGAAAAUUUAUGGAAUAUAAUGAGUGUUGUCUCACUAAACAAAUUGUCAAUUCCUUUCCUUGAGUUUUAGAUGUAUGUAAUGUUCAAAUGGAUUGUGUUGUGGAACAUACACUGUUGAAUAAUUUGUAGGCAGAUUAAAACAAAUCCUUAAUUUUAUUCUCAUAUGAUUGUAUUUCAUGCUGAUGUCUCUGUUGUAAAACAUUAAAAAUAUUCCAUUUCA